AUGGCGACGGUUUCCACAAACUUCUGGUCCAGCUUGGACACCGAAACCCCUGAGCUCCCCGCUGAGCUCCCCACCCCGGCGAACACCGUUACCCGCACAGCGUACGCAUCCAAAAUGAAAAUGCGCCAGAUGGCACUCGAGUCCGAGACCGCAUUUGAUGCCACCACCAUAGACGCCAGCACCAUGAACGAAGAUGAGGCGACCGGCAUUGGCACCAAGCCCGAGCCCGCUCGAGCCGGCGAGUCCAACACGGCAGAGGCAGCUGAAGAUGCCCAGAAAGCUGCCGAACAUAUCGCCGAGAAGAAGGCGAAGAAGGCGGCCAAGAAGCUUAGGCAGAAGCUGAAGAAGGGUGUCAUUGCCCUGGAUGCGAUGCGGCAGCACAAGGGUGAGGUCACCAACGGCGUCAAAGAUGCCCGGGGCGAGGCGUCCGGCGCUCGGGAUGGAGAUGCCGCGGCUUCUGCUAAUGGCUCUGUUGGCGAUGCGGCUCAGAGCAUCGCAUCCCAGGUCAACGCUGCCCGCCCGGUGCAAGUGCAAUCCGGUAUGGACCACGAGGAGGAAGAUUUCUUCCUCGGCGCCCUUUCCGCAUUGCACCUCCCGGAUCCCAACGAGUUGGCGAAACUUGACAAUGCUAGCACCACCUCCGACGGCCAGGAUGACGACAAUGGCCUGCCCACCAAGACUGCUGCAUCGACUUCGGUGCAAAUCGAUGCGCCUGCAGACAGCACCACAAUGUCCCGCAAGAACACCAUUGCAAACAAGCGGAAGAAGAAGAGCAAGAAGAAGGCGCGCGAAAUCAAGGCUCAGACGGAGCUUCAGGCCAAGUUGCGCAAGGAGCGCUUCGAGGCAUGGGAGGUGGGUCUGGCAGCUGUCUCCUUCGUGUGCUUUCUGACAUGGGGUUUCUAUGCGAACCUCGUUCAUUUUUGA